AUGGACAGAAUCAGUGGAUUAUCAGAUGAAUUACUGGUUAAGAUACUAUCCUUUCUUCCGACAGAAGAUGCUGUCUCAACUAGCGUUUUGUCCAAACAAUGGAGGUUUCUUUGGAUGUGGUUGCCAAAACUCGAGUACCAUGACUAUUACGCCACUAAUCCCCCCGACACUUCCGACUUAAGCCUGGUCCUAAAAUCAUGUAACGCUGAGCUAUUCCAACCCGAGAACAUCAAACUAUGGGUUGGAAUCGCGGUUUCUCGCUGCGUGCGUGAGCUAACUCUAAGCAUACGCUAUAACUCGCCCCGUAACAAACCUUUCGUGCCACUGCCGAGUAGCUUCUACACCUGCUGCAGCUCCCUCACGGCUUUGAAACUCAAAGGGGAGUCUAUCUUCGUGGACGUGCCUCAAAGUGUUAAUCUCCCUUCCUUGAAGACGUUGAAGCUUCGAGACGUUACUUACUUAAACGACGACGCUCUUCGACUGCUUUUAUCUAAUUGCACUGCUCUUGAAGAGCUUUUUAUCGACCGAUACGGAGAGGCCGAUGACAAUGUGAGGGCGCUAGUUGUUGAGAACUCUACUCUGCAGCGUUUGACCUUGAAGAUGUAUAGUGAUCAUCUUGAUGUGCAGCAUGUCAUCGUUACUCCUUCUCUGAAGUAUUUUAAACUCUAUGAUGAGGGACAUGAUUUAUCCUAUUCGAUUGAGCAUAUGCCGAAGCUAGAGGAGGCGGAUAUUGAUGUUUCAAGUUCUCUCGACGAGCUUCUUGGAUCAAUGACACCCGUCAAACGCCUUUCAUUACGUCAGUUUUUUAACCGUGACGAUGAGUCUGUGCUUACUGUUGGGUCUUCAACCAGCUUGAACAUGUGAAGCUGUCUUUCUACAGCGACGACUGGUCCAAGUUGCUUGUCUGGUUGCUUAGAAAUUCUCCUAAACUGCGAGAACUCAACAUUUACGUUGAUCAAAGUGAUUCACAGUUUCAGGACUAUGCCCCGGUUGAGUGGAAGAAUCGCAGCUCUGUUCCUGAAUGUUUGCAGAACACUCUCGAAACUUUCAAAUUUGAAGGGUUCAAGGGAACACAAGAAGAAGGGGAUUUCUUGAGUUUUUUCUUCAAAAACGCGUCUUGCUUGAAGUCUACAUCGAUCACUGACUAUGUUACACAAAGAGGUUAUCGAUGGCGCUGAAGAAUGGGAGCAGAGUGUGGCGACAAAACUCGCAGCGCCAUAGGUAAAUGGAAAGGUGGUUUAUGGACGCUGCAGUUCAUAGACUCGUUGGUUUGCGAUUACUUGUUUGCAGCAUCAUGUGUUCAAUAGAAAAUCUGAAUGAACUUCUAAGUAAUGUUUGUGUGUUUCAGUCAAGUUUGAACUUAUGCUCUAGUUUAUAAAAUCACAUCAUAAGUACGGUUUUGUGGUAUAAGAUAUGUUUUAAAAUUGUGA